UAAUUUAAAGAGUGAUUUAUAAGGCCGCGUAGUCAUGUUGACUCUUACAUUAUGUUUUUCGCGUGUAACACACUGUAGAACCACAUAUCUCCGUGCAUUGUUUUACUCAUCUCAACCCGAGUCUAUUAUCAAAAAUAACAUUGUCAAAGUAGUUAAUGUAGCCAUAUUAGGAGCACCAAACUGUGGCAAGAGCACACUAAUAAAUAAAAUUGUAGAACGAAAGAUUUGCGCGGUGUCCAACAAAGUACACACAACGACGAAGCUUGUUAGAGCUAUAUGCUAUCAAAAUGACACUCAAAUUAUAUUUUUGGACACUCCCGGAGUAGUUACAAAUAAGGAACAAAAGAAGUAUAAACUACCAGAGUCAAUGUUAAAAGCAUGUCUCAAGAGUUUGAGAUGCGCAGAUGUAAUUGGGGUGGUACAUGACAUUGCCAAUCAAUGGACCAGGGACAGCCUUCAUCCGGAUGUUAUUAGGAUGCUGCAGGGCACUGAAGAUAUACCUAGCUUCUUGAUAUUAAAUAAGGUAAACAUUAAAAUCUUCAGUUGAGGUACAUAUUAACUA